AUGGAUGCAAUUUUUACUGAAGAAGAUUCAAUGGCGGAAUUAUGUGCCUAUGCUUUAACUGACAUUAUUCAAUCUGUAGUGAAUGGAUCAGAUGGUUGUCUGAUUUCUUUUGGCACACGUGAUUCAAUUAAAUCAAACUCAAUGUUCGGUGAUGACAAACAAUCUUCUGGUCUUGGCAUUAUCCCCUCAGCUAUAUCAUGGUUAUUUCGAUUAAUUACCGAACAGAAGGAGCGUACAGGUGCACGAUUCUCCGUUCGUAUAUCUGCUGUUGAAGUUUACGGUAAAGAAGAGGCAUUAAGAGAUCUUCUAUCCUCUGUCUCUAAUGCGACAGAUGCAGCUGGAGCGAAUGCACCCGGUAUUUAUCUUCGAGAAGAUCCAAUUUCUGGUACUCAGCUUGAAAAUCAAAGUGAACUCAGGGCACCUACAGCAGAUAAAGCAGCCUUUUACUUAGAUUCAGCAUUGUCUGCUCGCAGUCAGCCUGUGAUAAACAGUGGUUCACCAGCGAAGUCUUCUCCGGUACCAUCAUCCAUGACAUCGACUUCUUCCACUGCUGAAGUUCUAUGGAAAAGAAACUCACAUCUAUUCUUUACAUUACAUAUAUAUCAGUACAGAGUAGAAAGAAGUGGGAUAGGUUCUGGUGUUGCUGGAGGUCGGAGUCGGCUGCAUUUAAUCGAUCUAGGAAAUGCUAAAUUGCCAAAAGAUUCAAAUCCAGAUAUCAGUGCACAUGAUUAUGGUUCAGAACAUAUGGAGAACAAACAACAAUCUAUUUCUUUAUGCGAAUCAGCAUUAUCACUAUCAUCGAUGACAUCUGUUGUACUCGCUUUAAUCAAUGGAAAUAGGCACCAUCCACAUAGAGAUAGUAAACUUUCUCAAAUGUUACACGAAGCAGUUGGCAGCAUUGGAUGUCGCACAUGUAUCCUUAUACAAACAUCACCGAGUGUAGAUUGUUAUCAAGAAAAUCUCCAGCUUCUGCAGUUUGCGGCAAAGAUUCAAAGAGGCCGACGGCACAGAACAUAUGAUCGAACAUUACCAGGAGAUGGUUCUAAUACCACAGAAAUGUGUUCUAAGACUGAUGAACAGAAUACUAGCUCUGAGGACAGCUCAUCAUGUGACAGUUUUGGCUUAAGACGAGCAGGAAGACUACGUUUAAAUAUGGGUCUGCGUCUAGCAAUGAAGCGCUCAAAUGGCUAUAAAGGAUUUUCAACAAAAUAUAGACAUUACGGUCCUGACAGUCAUUUGAGUUUGGCUGCUUCUUCAGAAAAAGAUUAUACAUCUAGCAGUGAACAGUCAUGUGAUACUGUUAUCUAUUUGGGUCGACAAGGUUUACUGGAUCAUCAAUAUGAUCUGGAUGAUAAUCAGAAGGCAAGAUCUCGUUUAGGCAAACCAGUACCUGGUUCAAAUUUGGAUACGGACUCCGAGGCAAGCAGUGGAAGCAAAGUGAAGCAAUUCAGUGGACAACAAUUUCAUGAUUCUCCAGUAGGGUCAUCAGUUGGUGUACUGAGUGGAAGCGGAGGCGGUGAAAGUGGUUCAGGAGGACAUUCAGGCAGUCAUACAAACUCUGGUGACCACUGUUCACCACACGGUGUACAUUCCAAGGAGCGAAAACGGUCUGCUCCUAGAACAAAUGUUUACGCUUGGCCACGUAAUGCAGUGAAAAAUGCAAUUGAGACGCUAAGUACUCAAAAGGAACAGUGGGUUGAUGGACCCAAGUCGGAUUUUCAUCCACCAGUUACAAAUCAUCAGAUAUCCCAAACUACUUCAACGACUGUAUCUAAACCUAGCAUGAUAGACAAAGAAACUCAAGUGGAUGAAAUGACAAGAACUUCAGUGCCAAUAGCAAAUCAGACUCACACAACAUUAAAAGAAGAGUAUCAUCCAACAAUUUUAAGUCAUUUACAGUCACACCAAAAAGUGACUACAAAAGAUGCUUUAGAGGAAAAAGACGAUGAACCAGAUAUUAGUGAUCAAGAAAAACAAAUACGUUUUUCAAAAUCUCCAAGCAUGAAACCUGUCGUGUCAGAUUGUUCUACGCCAUCGUUACUAAAAUCAGUGAAACUCAAUCCAGAUAAUGGAGAUUUACAGCAAGCAGACGCUACACUAAGUAGUCAAUGCUCCACUUGUGUUAUGGUUAGUUCACUUAUGAACCAAAGUAAUUCAACUGUAGAAACUAAUGACAUAACAAACUUAACAUCGACUGGAAGUAAUGUUCACAUUGUUAAGCCCCAACUAACUGAAGCAAGAACUCCAACUCAUAUUCAUGCUGAUGAAGAAAUUAGUCAUCAAAAAAAUUCAGUUUUUCACGUAUCCAGCACAUUACAAAGCAUAAAUCAUCUAACAAAUGUUCACUCCAGUAUUAGACAAACUGCUAAUGAUAAUCCACUGACGAAAUCAUUUAUGACACCUGCUGGUAUUCCAAGUGAUACAAACGCUCCUAUUGCCAGAGUUAAACCAUUUGUUAAGGAUUGGAUUCAGAAGCACAGUACUUUGCCCACGAAUACCAGUGUACAUGGUGACUUGACAAAGAUAAAUGAACAUCGUCACCAAAUCGAGACGACCAAUAAUCAGUCGGAAAGACCAGACAGAAGUGAUUUAUGCAAUGUGACAAGUGCAACACUUAGUAUGGCUCUCGGAGAAAUUGGAAAUGAGACCCAGGCUAUCAGACAUCAUAUGUUUCAUGGUAAAACAGAAGUAAUGAAACAUGAAGAUGAUUCAUGCACCAAUAUAUGCAACUCCAAAUCUCUCAGUUAUCAGUGUGACAGCAAUGCACCAUUUGUCGCACCUUCCUCUAAACAGCUGUCCAUCAAUUCACUUCAAACUUCGUCCAAUUUUGCCAGGAUAGCUGCUUGGGUCAAGUCAGUUUCUGUUGAAACUUGUAACAUUCAAGAAGAUGGUUUAAACAAAUCAAGUGAAGCUGGAAUACUGCUAAGGCGACAUGAUUUCUGUCACAAUAUUUGUACAAAAGAUAAUAUGAGCCAAAAUCAGCAAUGCUACUGUCAGAAACAAUUUGAAAAAGAUGAUAAUUUUCUUGGAGAUAAGCGUUUUCAUCAACAUAUGACCCGUCCUGGUGUACGCACUUAUGAAAAUGUUAUCAUACAAACCCCACAGUGUGUAAGAAAUAAUAAGCUACGUCGAGGUAGAUCUGUUCCACCAAAUUCUAAUCAGCAAAAUGUUACUUCUGAAGUUCAUGACAUUCCGAAUGGAUAUCAGAAAGAAGAAGCAGGCACUAUUUCAGAAAGAACAGUUGCACCACUUCCAACUUCAGUCUCUUCUGGUCCCCUAUACGUGAAGGAAGAAAUAGCCAUCACCAGUAGAAAAAGUGAUAGGGAAACGCCUCCAUCAAGACGUCCAGAUGGAUCCUCCAACCCACACUUACAUAAGGAAACACAUAUUACUUCCGAACUACACGAAGCUGUUAAAUCAGAUAAUAAAGUUCAGUAUACUCGUGAUAUAUUCAGCGAAAAGCCGUUGCCUCAACCAACUGGAUUUUGGGCUUCAGCAAAAAAAUCUCAUCUUCGAAUGAAUACGAAAGCCUAUCCUGCAGAUGCUCCUGCUUUAUCACCAGUAACAUCUCCUUUAAAAAGAACAUGCUUUUCCCCAGAGGCAAAGAAAAAAUCAAACAAGUCUCAUCAUGAUACGGAACCACAUUUGUUGGUUUGUACAUCGCCAAAAUCCUCCAAAUGUCAUAGGUCGCACAGCUUCUGUUCCUCAACAGAAAGUGAGCAGUCAAUAUGCAGAAAUGAUCAGCUUACAGAUAGCAGAAAAGUGCAGAAACCUUUGAACUCAACUGAUUAUCUACAAAAUGAUGAAAGUAAUGGUACAAAAUCAAAUAUAUUACAAAGUGUAAUUGGUAAAAAGCCUCUUAAAGAAAUUCGUACUAAGACAGGUAAGGGACGCUUGAGUUUCCUGACAAGCCCACUUUUUGGAAAACGUAAAGAAAAAGAACCAAAACAAUCCGAGAUAAUAGGAAGCACUAACGAAAAAGCCAAGACAUCUCAAAUUUCACAAACUGUUCAAGAUCCACAACAUCUUAGUCACUCAUCAGCGAAAAGUGGUGAUUCACGCCGUAGAACACAAGGUAAAGAUUCCGGUAUAUGUCAUCAGAAAAAGCAUCUUGCCUCUCAGUUUGAUACAGUAGAGUCUCAAACUCGUGUAGGAUGUAUUCGCAGAGAUAAAUCAGCUUCUAAGCACAUAUCACUAGAGAAGCAACAGAGUGAAGAUAAAAAUACAUUUCCCCUAAAUGCACAUGUUAGCAAUAUUCCAGUUUCCUUCAAGCCAGCAACAACCGUCAAGAAUUCUUCAAUGCAAUCAAGUAGCGGUCACGGUAGUGAAUGCAGCAGUAGUUUGCUGACUGAGAAGAGUAAUGCUUGGCAUUCGAAAGCAGAGCCUAACACUUCAUUACGUUGUAGGUGCAAAAGGCAUCACCAUCAUCAUACACACCAGCAUCACCACCAUUCAGGAAGUGGACAAAAGUGUCAUCGUUGCAUUCAGUCCUCACACAACUGUUGGCAGGACCACCGUAAUGACAGAAAGUGUGAUAGUAUUAGUGAGACUAGAAGGUCCGCUGAUGGCAAACGAAGUUCGGAAAGUGGAGCUUCGGUUACUGGACAUAUAAAAGGUACCAGCAAAGAAACAGUUGAAUUUGACAAACGCUGUGCUGAUGGAAAAAUUCUGGUUGAUUCGUUUGAAGUUAGAAAAUUGUCAGUUGGUAUUUCAUGUUCACAUAUCUCUAGUUCUGGUCCUCGCCGUGGUGGUGGUCAUGCAAGUAGUGGCUAUGAGAGUAUUGUUCGUGAUAGUGAAGCUUCUUCCCAUGCUGAUUCAACUAGUGGAAGUUCUGCAGGCGGCACAGGUGUUGUUCCUGCAGAUAUUAAAGAAGAUAAAAUUCCUCCCCCCCAAAAACAGUGCAGUACACAAGGAUAUUGUGAACACUGUCACAGGAUUAAUCACACAAAUUCACUAGUGAAUGAUAGAAUAGUGGAAUCAAAGCAAGUAAUAAAUAAUCCUAAUGUCAGAAGUUAUUCUAGCCAUGAACAAGAAGAUAAUGAACAAUCUCCACAGAACAAUAUUCAAAUGGUUCAAUCAAAUCUUCAAACUGUACAGAAACUAAAUACUUCUAAAAUUGAUCCAAAUGUAAAUAAUCAUGAACCUCCAUGUCAAACCUUUCAACAAGCUCCGUUGAAAUCUCCGACAAAAUAUCCUAUACAACAAUACUCAACGAAUUCAAAAUCAAGUGCAACAUCAAAAACAGUUACUUCUCAGUCCCUUUCUUCAUCGUCUUCUACCUCACACAGAAGUCGAUCAGCCCCACCAUGUUCAGAAGAUACAUCUGAAGAAACAACCAGCAGUCCAGUCAGUGUAAGAUACGUUUCAAAUAACCAAAAUGAGAAUAUUUCAUCUCAGCUGUCGACGAAUAUGAAAAAUUCUAUCCCAGAAAAUUCUUCGAGUGUAUCCUGUGUUCUUCCACUGUAUUCUGAAGAAGUCCAGGAAAUGGAACGUCAAAUACGCUAUGAAAAGACCUAUGAUCUACUUGCACAACAAGAUAUGCUGAAAAUGGAAUUGAUGACAGCUAAAGAUCGUCUUCUCAUUGAUCCUUCUACUUGGAGUUUCGAUUUAUACGUUGCUGAACAAAUGGAUCCUGAUGAUCCCAGUUUCUUAGAGGCAUUGGAAAAAGAAACUGAGAUCUUGCGUAAACGUGUUGAUGCCUGCAAAUCGCAUAUAAUGCUCAUUACAUGCUUUGAUUCCCAGUUAAAAUCUGGGCAAAUAACCAACACAAUAAACAAUUCCCGAUCUAUUCAGGUUAUGAAUGCAAGUUAUACGAAUACAGAGAUGAAUCUAACGAGUAUAUAG